UCAAAAGAUUUACUUAUCGUUACUCUAAUUUUUAAUCCCAUACGAAACCUUCCGAAACCUACAAAACAGUAGGAGCAACAGCCACUCCGCCGGUCAAACGCCGUCGGAAUUUUUAUCCCGCGCACCACCAUCUGAAUUUCAGGCACCAUGACUCGAGGCCACCACCAAAAACCGCCUCCGGAGCCCUCAAACUCACGCGUCGCCAAUCGGACCAAGCGCAAGCACCGCCAUGCUGACGCCGAAGAAUCCCAUUGCAGUGAUAAGAAUAGCAACCGCACUAAGAAGCGCAGAAGCGGAAUAGUCGCCGGACUGGAAACCCAAACUCUAAUACCCUAUUCGCCUCGGAUCUUACCCAAUUGUAACCGGUUCGACCACUUGAGUUCGUCGCCAAGAAAGCGCAGGAAGAAAAGGGUUAGAAACUCGAGAGCUACAGAGGGUACCUACCGCAAAUGGGUUUCCUCCUCCCGCGAUUUUUCGAACUGCAAAGAUAAGCUUGUGAUUGUUUCAUACAAUAUACUAGGUGUCAACAAUGCAUCAAACCAUCCAGAUUUGUAUUGUAAAGUCCCUCCCGAGUUCUUGGAGUGGGAUCAGCGAAAAAUCCUUAUACGCGAGGAGAUCAAUAAUUACAAAGCAAGCAUUCUGUGUUUCCAGCAGGAGGUUGAUCGUUUUGAAGAUUUAGAUGAUCUUUUUCAAACAGAAGGCUUCGUAGGUGUUUACAAGGCUCGAACUGGUGAAGCAUAUGAUGGGUGUGCAAUAUUCUGGAAAGACAAAUUAUUUACCCUUUUGCAUCAAGAAAACAUAGAGUUCAGGAGUUUUGGCCUUCGUGACAAUGUUGCUCAACUGUGUGUUUUAGAGCUGAUUCAGAAUCAAUCAGAGUCUAAAUAUACCCAAGCAUCCAUGUCUCCGCCCAUUCAAAAUCGAAGGUUACUGGUUGGAAAUAUACAUGUACUGUUCAACCCAAAUCGUGGAGACAUCAAGCUAGGUCAGGUCCGAAUGUUUCUUGAAAGAGCUUACAAGCUAUCACAGGAAUGGGGUGACAUCCCAGUAGUAAUUGGUGGGGAUCUAAAUAGCAUUCCGCAGAGUCCAAUUUAUCAGUUUCUGGCCUCAUCAGAGUUGGAUGUCCAACUACAUGACCGCAGGAAAAUUUCAGGGCAGCUUGAAUAUCCAUUUCAGUGUAGAGACUUCAGAUUUCAGAAUGAGAAUGCAGCCAGACGUUGUGCUUGGAUGCCCAUCCCAAAGCCAUUGUUGUAUAGAUGGAGUGAUGAAGAAUUAAGGCUUGCAACCGGUACUGGAGGAGUCACCCAUGUUCAACACCAAUUAAAGCUCUGCAGUGCAUAUAUUGGGGUUCCUGGAAGCUCUACAACUAGAGAUAAUCAUGGGGAACCCUUGGCAACGUCAUACCACUCUAAGUUUAUGGGAACAGUUGAUUAUAUUUGGCAUACAGAAGAACUUGUUCCUGUGAGAGUUCUCGAGACCUUACCCAUUAAUAGUUUAAGAAGAAGUGGAGGGCUCCCAAGUGAGAAAUGGGGCAGCGACCAUCUUGCUCUUGUGUGUGAAUUGGCUUUUGCAGAUGAUGUCAAAGGAACCAAAUAGUGCUGCUUCCGAAUCAACCCUGUGCACCGGGGUGUGUUCAUUCUACAAAGCUCUAUUUCUUGGGGUUCCAAAGGUUUUGGAAACCAGCUAUAUGCCACGUUUUGAUGGUGGGUACUUCUUAGGCAUUGUUUAUUCUGUCCUGCAAAGGUGGGACUCUCCAUGUUUUACAUUUUGGUAGGAUUUUCAUGUCGAAUCAACUUCACCAUGUUAGAAGAAGCAUUAUAAUAUAUCUGAACAGAAUUCAUUCUAACGGUAAAUGUUAAUGGAACUUUAAAUGCAA